UCGCAGACAACUGUCAUUCAGGUUCGCGCCAUACCCAAAAUGCUUCGCUUGACGCAGGUAGACGAACAGAGGGAGAGGAAUCGCCGUCGGAUGGCGCAACAACGUUCGGAACGGGAUUCAGGGCCUCUGGAAGAGCGAGAGGCAUUCAGCGCCCGUGCACGCGAGAAUCAUGCAAGAUAUCGUGAACGUCAUCGUUACCACCUAAGGAUUCGAGAGGUACAGCGGAGGAAUUGCUUCCUUAGGCACUACUUUACGAAAUUCGGUGCUGAGGCAUUCGCACAGUAUGUGGCGGCCAAAAGGCAACGGCGGACGCGAGAUAGGGAAAGGAUCAUGUCACGAAUGAGAGCGGAGGGUGUCAAUGAAGUGCUGCCAGAGGAUGACCCGCGGGAGUACGAGAUUCUCUGCCCAGCAAACCAGCGUCGAAAGCGUCAUGUCAAUUAGGCAACUAUAGAUACAUCCCCGUGCCUCCGGAAUCGGCGGAAAGCGCGAGUGGCC